AUUAAAAGGAGUGUUACUACUUAGGGAGGUAGACUACAGCAAAUAAUAACACUGGGUCCUCUGUCAAAGUAAUUGUUGAACUGAAACACAGUUAAGAAGAAGUAUAUUAAUAGUGAAACACAGUUAAGAAGAGGUAUAUUAAUAGUGAAUAAUAGUAUAUUAAUAGUGAAUUAAUAGUGAAAUACAAUUAAGAAGUAUAUUGAUAGUGAAAUAAUUAUUAAGCUCUAACUUAAAAUGGUUUUUGAUUCAUAACAAACAUUUUGGAAAUGUACAUCCAGUUUCUUUUUCCUUUAAAUUUUUGUUGGGCCCCCCCCCAAGAAAGUGGGGCCCUAAGCUAUAGUAUAGCUUGUUUAGUUUAUCCGUCACUGUGUGUAUGCUAUAAAGCCUUGCACGCGUGCCUUCGCUUCGUCUCGUUCUGCUUCAGACAAACUGCAGUGGAAAUUUAAAAACCAAAAAAUGCUGAGGACGGAGGAAGCGAAAAACCGCUCACUGCAUUCAAACCGGGAACUAGGCAAGCUUUAUCCCUGGCAGGGAGCCAUCGAGGGCGGGGAAGCCGAGGAGCGUCAGCAGCCUGCGACAGCCCGAGAGAAGGGAGAAGAAAGCGGAAAGAGCGACAAUAAAAGAAAGGAGGGAAGAAGGGAAAAAACAACCCACGUGCGCGAAUGAGUGAGGUUGUUUAUCUGCUCUGAUCCUAUGCACCCUCCCCGCUUCCUUCUUCCUGUGCGCCCACGUGGGAAGCCGGCAAAGCUCCAGCUAACCUGCCAGCCACAAGACUAUCGCGAUGAGUUUUAUUGAGUACAGGCAGACGAUAAAGGAUGGGGACACGGCCAUCGUCUUCUUGGGCCAUGAGUCCAUGUUUCCGGUGAAGGUGCAGCAUGGCGGUAAAACCCAGACGAAGUACGGUGUCAUCAGGCAUUCCGCCGACCUCAUAGGCAAGCAGUAUGGCUCCAAGGUGACCUGCAGCAAAGGAGGCUGGGUAUAUAUUCUUCACCCGACUCCCGAGCUGUGGACUCAGAACCUCCCCCACCGGACGCAGAUCCUGUAUUCGACGGACAUCUCUCUCAUCACCAUGAUGCUCGAGCUGAAGCCGGGGUCCGUUGUCUGUGAAUCAGGUACUGGAAGUGGCUCCUUGUCUCAUGCAAUCAUCAGGACAAUUGCCCCAACAGGGCACCUGUAUACAGUGGAGUUCCACCAGCAGAGAGCUGAGAAAGCCAUCGAGGAGUUUGAAGAGCACAAGGUGGGCCAUUUGGUGACGGUGAAGAACCAAGAUGUCUGCAAGAGCGGCUUUGGCGUCACUCACCUUGCAGACGCAGUCUUCCUGGACAUUCCGUCGCCGUGGGAAGCCAUAGGGCACGCCAAAUCUGCGCUAAAGCAUGAAGGUGGACGCAUCUGUUCCUUUUCCCCUUGCAUCGAACAAGUGCAAAGGACCUGCCUGGCUCUGGAGGAGCACGGCUUUGCCGAAUUUAAUACUCUGGAGAUCCUGCUGAGAGUGUACAACGUUCGGACAAUCAGCUUGCCAGUCCCUGACCUUGGAAGAGGAGCUGGGGGUGAUGGCAGGGCAGCGUCUGACAAAGGCAGCCCACCAGAUCAAGGUGCCUCUUCUGCUGGUCUCCAGCAGGGAAACGCACAGUUUAAAAGCGGCGUGCCACCUAGGGAGAUGGUGGGUCACACUGGGUAUUUGACCUUCGCUACCAAAAGCCUAUUUUAGUUACGGGAGAAGCUAGCGGCCUCCUCGCUGCUCUCCCUCCCUCCCUCCCUCCCAAUCAAGCAUCCCGAGCUUUUUUUUGCUCGUCGGGCAAUUCCAUAUAUAGUCAGACUGAGUAAGAUUAUGCUUUUGUUUAAAUAGCACGCAGGAGCGCUAACCAGAUCAGCCUUGCAGUACACUGUCCUUCUGGAACAGUGCUUGGCUGGCUGCCUGUCAGGUAGGAAGAUGGAUUAGCAGCUAAUAGCUGUGGGUUGGACUUUGCAAAAUCAAAAGCCACUUAUUGAGGUUGUUGGGGGGGGGAUGUCAAGGAGGUUUCCUUUUGCUUUCUGGAACCCCUGCAUUGAUUCUUCCCUCUAAGAGGGUGUGCAAUGGGGAGAAUUUUUUGCUUUCGGCUUUUUAUUUGCCAUUAGGAAUUCAUUUAAUAUUUGGGUUUUUUUUAAAAAAAGAUUUUGCCAUAGGCCCAGAAUUGGCUAGCAGCACCCCCACCAAAGAGAGUAUAAAAAUGCAGGUGGGUGUGUGGAUCCAUAUAUACACAUACAUGCAUACAUACAUAGGUGAACCACCCUGGAAAGAGCAUCAAACCCAAUUUAUUGUGGUUGGGUGAUGGGAGUGAGUCUCCCUUGUCAAAAGUGCAGAUCUAGCUUUUGAGGGGGGGAAGUUAGGCUGCAAGUCUUCACCCUGAUAUCGAAUGCUGAAUGGAGCUGGAGGUUUCCUAUAGGAAGUGUCAUUUAGUCUCAUCCCUGCUUGCAAUUCUGUCCAGGGACAAUUCUACUACCUCUUCUGUGUGAGCAACAUCCUCAGCACAAUCGCACAUUCACUUGGUCCUGAAUAAAUGGCUAGAUUUGCA